AACGUCAAUCUGCAGGAUUAUAUAAAAUUUGGUCAAUUUCUUAAUAAUCUUGAAGAAUUCUCAAUUGCUCUCAAAAUCUACAAUGUUGCAAAUCAACCCGUUACUCAAGGUACAUGCAGUACAGUAAUAGUUCUUUUGUCGAAUACAUAUGCUGCAUGGUCAACAUCAUGCAGUAGUUUGAGGUUUAGAAUACCUGUCCGCUGUUUUACAAACAAUAUAGAUCUGUCAUGCAAGUUUCUGUCUUCAUUAUAUAAUAUAAGAUUCUCUUGAGAACAUUGACAUGGCUUAAUUGGCAGCAGCGUCAGAGGAACACCUUUCUCGCAGUAGUUUCUAUAACUAUAUGUAGAUUUUUUGUAGAUGCAAUUUUCGCAAAUUUAUAUACAUUUUUAGACCGAACCAGUUGUGAAAAUGCAACCAUGCAUGGGCCUGCAUCACUGCAUGAAAGUAAUUUAUAUUGUUUGAAUCUCAUGUUAUACUUUAUUAUAAUUGUAAUUAUAGAAGAGUUCAAGAGAGCUGUUCUGAUUGCAACUGGAGGAGUUUUGGGGGAUCAUAUUGUUAAUAUUGUAUUUCAAUUGUUUGAUAUUGAUGGUAUGCUUUUUAUUAUGUAACAAUCAUGUAAACUGUUUAGUAUGCAUAAUUUUGGGAACGAUCUUUCAAUUACAUUUCUGUUAUUUGUUGUUUUCUAUUUUCACAUGUUAUAUUUCAUGAAUUAACGGUGUUUGCAUUCGUUCGUCUUUACUUCCAUUGUAGGUGACGGGAAAUUAAGUCAGAAAGAAUUUCUGGGUUUAAUGAAGGACAGGGUUAACAAACGUUUCACGGUGAGUUGAGUCAUGAAUUACACAUCACUUAUUUUUUAUCACCAUAAUGCAGUAGUCACUCUCACGAUUUUUUAUGUUUUUUUCGUGGUCUCACGAUUUUUGAGGAAAUCUGUUUAAAGUGUAUUUAUAGGCUUAUAAUAGGUAAUACAACCAUUGAAAGUUUCCAAUGAAAUGCAUGACAUGACACUGAAUUCUGUUCCAAGACUUAAUAUGAGGAGUAUAUGUUUAGUAGGAGUAUGUUUAGACUUAUGAGGAGUAUGUUUAUUCAUGAUUUUAAAAAUUCGAUCUAAAUAAAAAACUGCUUUUUGACACAUUUAAUUAAUAAAUAAGAAAAAUUCUAAAAUCUUACGGUUUUUCACAAAAUCUCACGAAAUCCCGCUCUGGGGUUGGCAAGAAUAUGUCGCAAAAUGGAAUAUUUCCCUCAAAAUGGAAUUGAAAGGUCAAAAAAAUUUUCGAACUACAGUGUUGCAGUUGUGCACUGGAAAAUUAAUGGUCUUCUUUCGAAACUUAUUAUAUCGGCCACCUAACGUAUAGUGCUUUGCAUUAACCUGUUUUAGGCCCGAGAAGAUAAAGUUGGCCUUUGGGCUGGAUUUAUGAGUUGCGUAAAGAAUGAAUUAGUGGAUUAA